UAACAUCUCAUCUGGACAGGACUGCUUCUCUGUCAGGGCUCAAAAAUCUUGAAAAAAUAAUUCAGUAAAAAUACCUUGGACAACCCAGCGGACAUACUACCGCAGACCAUGGGCUGUUUUUCUGCCACACAUGGAGUUCUCUUUUUGUUUGGAUUCAUAACCCUCUCAGUAGCAAAGGAGGACACCUGUGACCUCUAUGCUGCAGUUGGAGAGAGCCUGACUCUGCCUUUUGUCAAUGAGGGGCUGGCAAAAACGCAUGUACUGAAAUGGACUCAUAAUAACACACUCAUUUUUCACAGACAGCAAGAGAAAGUGCUCACUGGAAAAAAAGAAGACACCUCUGCCAAUGGAUCUCUUUUGCUGAAGAACCUACAGUUCUCAGGAGCAGGAACCUACGAAGCAGCUGUGCAGCAUUCAGCUGGUAGUUCAACUAAAACAUGGACCGGUCGUCUAUGUAUUAUGAGCAAGGUAUCAAAACCUCAAGUUACAUAUGAGUGUGACUUCAAGUCUAGUGCAGUUAACCUAACAUGCAAUGUAGCCAAACCUCAGGGUCUGAUGUUCUCAUGGACACAUGGUGAAAAGACAUUAACAAGCGAGAAAAGACAAACACUGAGUAUAUCACUAGCACAGCUGAAAGGAGAGAGAAGGUUUGCAUGUACCGUGGAAAACAAAGUCAGCAAGGAGAGGAGUGACACUGUCCAUCCAACCUGUAAAGAUCUGUCACCAUCACCACCAAUUGUGCUUUGUUUUACAUCCAAAACUGUUGUAGCGGUGCUAGCAGGAGGUGCAGGUCUGACUCUGCUUUUGCUCAUCAUUAUCAUCAUAUUAUGUUGCUGCCUCAGACGUAACAAAACCCAAAUGGAGCUCGGGGAAAAAGGGCAACUCAAGAUGACUUCUGUAAAGAAGAGAGAGCCUGACUCUAUCAGCCCAGAGUAUGAGACUAUGCAUCUGAAUGAGAACUCUCCACCCCCAAACCCCAAGCCUUCACCAAACACCUCUCACCAAAAUGUUCCUCAGCCUGACAAUCAGACUGAAAACAUGCCCUCACAGCUAUCAGCAGCUGUUGAGGGGCUACAGCCUUCACCGGUGCCAAAGCCGAGGACGAAAAGACCCCUGACACCAAACAUCUGAAUGUGUUUCUCUGUCUUGCCGCCCCAGAAACUUUGAGAAUUGAUCAAAAAGACAUAAAAGUCUUAAUUUUAUGAUAAAACAUUGCUCAUCUGUGUUGAAAUUUUGUAGCCCUUAUAGUGGUGGGGUUAUGAGUUUGUGGGGAGUACAAGAUGUUUUCUAUGAUGGAUACAUUUCAGUAAUACUGUUUUGUUCUAAUGUGUUUUAUUAUUAAUUAUUUAACUGCCAAGUCAACGCAGUAGUAGUUCCACAGUGUUUAACAACAAUCCAGAUUAAAAACAAGGUGGUUUCUGUCUAAAAUCGUUUGUCCUUUUUUAGCAGCAACUCCAAUGAAAAGGUCAAAACCAACUUAAUAUUUUCCUUCUUCUUUCAGCAUUUUCCAAUUUCCUUAAUUGUGACAGU